AUGAAGCGUUUGGUGGGUGAGAGGACCUUUUUGAAACGAGGUCCCUACUCCAUCGUUUACCCGCCCAGCUUCUCCAUGCAUACCAGAAAUCGUUGCCUAGUAGGUAUCUCCCUGGAGGCACCCAGUUCAGGACCAGGAUGGCCUCUUCUCCCACGUUGGCCCAUACAUUGGCUCCAGGUCGACUUGCUCCUGCAACUCUAUUUCAAGCGGCUCCACGGACCGCUCCCCCUAUCCGUAACCCAGCUCCCCGGGCUUCUCACAUGGUGUGCUCCAGAAACUUUCAUGGAGAGGCGAGUCCUGGUCGGUUUAUGCACAUGUGUCGGAAUAGCAGACACAGAUACAAGUGACCAUUAUCUUGGUGGCAGGACCAAGAUGGCCUCGUCUCCCAUGUUGGCCUCUGCAAUGGCUCCAGCGGCUCUGCGGACCGCUCCCGCUGUCCGUAACCCAGCUUCAUGGGCUCCUCACCUGAUUAGCGACAACCUCGUGGACAUCACCCCAAAGGAUUGGGCGAGGGAAGCAUGUGAUGGCCAGCAACUCUGA